AUGGACCCGGUUCCUCUGCACGUCUCUUGCCUCCUCGGAGCGUGGUGGCAUCCGUCCCAAUGUCCCGCCGUCACACUGCGCGCUGGAAGAGGGAAGGGGGAAGGAGGGCAGAGGACCAAGAGGGAGGGCGGAAGCAAUGCUGAGCUGCAGAGAUCAUCAUACCUGCACGCCGUAGUCGAGGCCGAGAGGCAGAGAGGCUUGAUCGUCUCUUCAGACGGGCUGCCCACGGUGGCGAGCAUUGAGGAAGACCCUCGGUCGGCUGUCACCGUGGACGAGGCUCCCCUCCGCCUAUCCCAAACCGGCACAACGCCCACAGGGCUGGUGAGGCUCAAGAGGAAACUGGCCAGCUCGGCCGGCAGUCUCGGGCAGGGUCACUGA